AGGCACAAAGCAGUCGACGACGCAGUCAAAGCUAACAGCACACAACACAACAAACAAACAAGGCGAAUAAAAAAAAAACAACUUUGCACACACGACCACGAACACGACAGUUGAACACUUCACAGACCAAGGAUGAACUUGGGCGCGUUGGCCAGAAGCCUGAGCAACAGUCUGAGAAUUGCCGUCGGCUCCAAGAAGCAGCUGGACACAACGGCAACGGCAAGCGAAAGCCCCACAAGGCCAGCUACGCUAUCGACGCCGCCGAGCAGCAGCAACAGCGAUUCCACAGAGCUGGACAAUCUCAGUGGCCAUCAACUCACUGAGCCUGUGUUGCGAAUCAAUCCACGCCGUUUGCCGUAUAAGCGAACGGUUCAUCUGAUUCUGGACAAGGUCAGUGAGCUGGAGCACACGCUCUACGAGGAUCAGCAGCGGGAGUUCAAGUUGCGCAUGGCACUGGAGCAUCAAACGGAGCGCAUACACGAGCUUAACUUUUCGCUGGACACCGAAAAGCAACGCAAUGAGCGACUGGUGCAAUUGCUGCGUGGCGUCGACAGCGACUCCUCCAGCGAGAGUGAGCCGGAGUCCCAGCUGUUGAACGGCAUGCGGCUGCAUACCAAAGACGAACUAUACGGCUCGAUUAGUCCAAUGCUAAUGCAACAGCGUUACGACGAACUGCAAGCCUCGCAUCGUCAAACCCAUCGACAGUUGGCCAAAAAGGAUAAGGCCAUAAAGCUGCUUCAGUGCGACCUGGAGGUGUUGCGUGGCAAAUAUGAUACCAUUUGCAAUGAUUAUCGCAGCGAGCACCGGCGUCUGGAAGCGCUGUGUACACGUUAUAUGCACAUGCAGCAGAAGAAGAAGCAACAGAUCUGCAUCCUCAAGGAGACGCUGGGCUAUGCCAGCGAAUGCAUUCUGCACGCUCAGAUGAGCAUUGAGAGCUGCGAUCACAGCUCCUCCGGCAUCAGCGAGCAGCAUUUAACCAAAUUCAAUCAAAAUUUGGAGUUAUUUAUGCGCUCGCUGCGCAAUUGUUGCUGUUUGCGCAAACUACAGGAGCUGGAACGGCAGCAGGGCCUGCACGUUGAACAGGACGCGAAGUUGCCCAGCCCAGAGCUGAGCACCACUGCCUCGUCUGGGUUCAGUUCGAUCGGUCCAUCGCAAGUGGAUGCACCAAAACUGAAGCGGCGACAUCGGAAACGUCAGAAGCAUUGAAAAUGGUUCCAAAUAGAAUUCAAUUUAUUCAUUCAUUUCA